CAAGCGUAUGAAGGCUUGCAUCAUGAUUCAUCUCCAACACCAGAUAACUGAAACCUUCGAGUCUCUCGAUCCUAACGCACCAUUAAAAGGAACCAAGAAGGAGUAAGGUUUGGGAUCUUCGCGACCGUCUGCACAGGGAAGAUUCUUGAGAAGGCCGGCGCAAACAUCUCGGUCGUCUAUGGAAAGCUUCCCCCGCCAUCAAGCAGAUGAGAGCCGAUCAUUCCGAGAUCCCGUAUGAUCCUGAAAGCGGGAGAAGCUUACCGCUGGUAUUUCACUUGUUAUCCAUCCACACCACCCAUUUUCACCCACCGUUCACGCCAACUACCGCUACCGCUGCUUUGAAAUCAACGAUGAAGUUUCUCAUAACGAGGCUAAUGGAAGUCAAACCGAAUCGAGUAACGCGUCAAUACCAGAGGGGGAUAAAAUCUUGGCAUGGUGGUUUGGUGGCGGCUCUGGCCUUGCCCCGAGCUACCCACUCUAAGAGGACGCGAAACACAACACGCCCAAAUCCGCAUGCGAUGCACGCGGAAGCUCAAUUUACCCCACCUUCAAGAAAUGGUGCGACGAGUAUUUCUACAUUCCUCACAGAAAAUAAAGCAGAGGCGUAGGCGGGGUAUUCUUUGGUGGUCCCUCCACCGCGCAUCAUAAGCAAUUCGAUGGCGAUAGUGGUAACAUUCCCAUCCUCAAACUUCACUCGUCGCCCCGUCGUCGCCAUUCAUAACCCCACCUCCUGACCAUUACCACCCAACGAGCCACUUCCCAUCCCUUACACCCUGUCUCGUGCUUUCGACAACGGCAACUGUUCAGGUCUGGUCGCUGCGUCGAAUUUAACCUAACUUACGACCGAGGCACUAAAUUCGGGCUCCAAACACUCGGUGCAAGAAUUGAGAGUAUAUUAAUGAGUUUGCCAGAAACGGCAAGGUGGG